GUUAAUCUACCCAUAAGCCCAUACCCGACACGGAAAAAAAGGGCGAAAGACAAUCCACGGCGCCGCGGCACCGACAGUCCGGCACCCAUCCCAGGGAGUCCUUCGAAGAACAAGAAGCGGCGGCGGCGGCGGCAGAGGCGAGCUCCUAUUGGAACUUGGAUGGCGUCUGGAGGCAUCGCCCGAGGCCGCCUCGCCGAGGAGCGCAAAUCAUGGCGCAAGAACCACCCACAUGGCUUCGUGGCCAAGCCGGAGACCCUGCCGGAUGGGUCCGUCAACCUCAUGAUCUGGCAGUGCAUCAUCCCCGGCAAGAAAGGCACUGACUGGGAGGGUGGAUAUUUCCCCCUAACUUUGAGCUUUGAUGAUAAUUACCCAAGCACCUCUCCUGCAUGCAAGUUUCCAGCAGGUUUCUUCCAUAUCAAUGUCUACGAUUCUGGGCUAGUAUGCCUGUCAAUCCUGGGUGGUGGAUGGAAACCUUCAAUUACAGUGAAGCAAGUUUUGAUAGGCAUCCAGGAGUUGCUUGAUGACCCAAAUCCUAAUUCAGCGGCACAGCAUCGAUGCUACGAACUCUAUAAGAAGGAUAUGCCGGAGUACAAGAAGCGUGUUCGUCAGCAGGCCAAGCGCUAUCCUUCACGGCUGUAGCCACUGAAGUCCCUGCAGAUAGAUAUUAGCAUUGCAUUUUGAUGGAACCUAAGUCUAGAAUUUUGCGGCGAUGCACCCUUUAGCACGAUAGUCGUGUAUUUGCUCGAACUGCUAAAAUGCACUUUGAGUCCUCCUUAGUUACGAAUUGUCCUGGGACUUUCUAGCUUAUCGAUAUUUUGGAAUGCCUCA